GACAGCCUCGGCCAGGAGACACUGCAGAAAACUGCAGUCACACUCUCCUCCAUACACCAGGGAGGCAUGGUGUUCAGCCAAGCCCCGUGUCUGUCUGCCAGGGGACAUUUUAGGGGAGAUGCAGCGUGCCUCCAUAUUUUGUGUGCUCUCCCACCACUACAUUUCUGACGUAGCAUCAGUGACUCGGAUACAAGAGGACCCAGAAGGAGCUCCCGAACACAAUCGCUUCAAAGAAAAAGUGCUGAUCAUGCUGUCAGCCGGUCUGGAGUCUGCUGUGGCUGGUGUCCUUUUGCCCCGAGGUGAUGCAAGAAGGUGUAUGAACGAACAGUGGGACAUGCAGCCUGAACAGCCGUCCUAUAACCAUAAAUGGAAAAGCGAGGAAGAUGACACCGAGGAUCAACUAGCAGAGGAGGGCUGGAGUGAUGGAACAUGUGGAUGUCCUGAAGGGAAGAGAGGAAAAAGACCAGAUGGGGCCAAAUGGCCGGGCAGACAUAAUCGGGACAUGGUCGACAGACGUGUGGUCUUCAGAGGAGCAGACAGGACUAGACAAGAAACGGGUACAGGGGUCUCUAUCUACACCACUUCCUCUAGUUGUUUGCUCGCAGUCUGCUAUAGCCGACCUCCUGUGUUUGACAGAACUCCAGAGUCCUUGUCUUCUGUCCCUUCUUCCUGCCACCUGUCCCUGGAUCCAAACCUCCUUGUCCUUUUAACCUUCCUGGCAUCUCCCCUAUAAGUCCUCUGUCUUUUGAUUUCACUGGCAAUAGUAUAUUCUGGGGCUAUGGGCCAGCAAAAAAACUGCUCUUAUUUUGUGGUGAUGUCAAAGAAAGCGUGAUCCAACAGGGGAAACAAUGAAAAUAAAGAGAAGUGCCGGAGGUGUAGAGUUGCCUGGCAACAACUUCCCAUCCUUGUGCGAGUUGGCCUUCAUCAGAUUGCAGGAUAGACAUUUAGAAACACUCCAGCAUCACAGUCUGUUUGCACU